UCAACGCCCAGGACGGCGCAAUCUUGUAUUCUAUCAUUCUUGAUACACACCUAAAAACUUCACCAAACCGACGUUAGCACCCCGUUUGUGAAAAUAUUCAGCCCGAUUCUGAACAGAAACUCCCCAGGAAUUUUUCCUCAUUUCCCUUUCCUCCUAUCAUGAAUAAAAAUUUCCUGAGGAUUUUUCCUCUUUUCUCUUUCCUCCUAUUCUAAACGAUCUUCGAAAAAGGGAAAAUGUGUUUGGGGAAAAAAGUAGGUAUUACGAAUGUCAAAAAGGAAGAGAAUUGACUUCGUUAUUCUGGGAGAAUUUUCACCAGUAUUUUAAAAGGGAGCUGCUACAAAAAUGUCUAAAACAACAAAUAGAAAGCAGGUGGAAAUUUUAAUAAGCCUAAUGGAAGCUAGGCCGGACAUUGCUCGCGGCUUCCAUAGGGGCAACAAAGAGGAAGUUUCCCGGUUUUGGCGGAACGCUGAGGUGGAACUAAACUCCGCAGGUCCACCGACAAAAAAUACGACUGAGUGGAAAAAGGUGUGGACCGACCAAAAAAAAUAUGUGCGUCAAAAGGCGUCGCAAAAUUUAAAAGCCAGUAAAGGCACGGGCGGUGGCCCAAACACCCAACAGAAACUUUCUUCCAAUGAGGAACCUAUUUACAAACUGAUUGGGAUGAAUGAAAGUGUUGAAGGCAUAUCUGCGUCUACUUUUGGAUUGCCACCUUCAAGUGUAUCUAAGACCAUUGCAGAACCUGAGCGAGACGUGUCAGAAUGUGUAGAAUAUCUAGAGGAAGUGGAAAUAGAUAUACAUGAGUCUCAAAUAAGUCCACUUGUUACAGUCGGCGAGCCAUCGCUUCCAUCACCACCAGUAAAUGUAGUUCCAGAAAGGAGACCUACUGUAAAGAAGCCGAAAGCAUCCUCCGAUCUUCUUGAAGCUGAACUAAAGACUCAGCAAGCCUUACUAGAAGCAGUUACUGGAGCAGUUACGAGUUUAACCGAACAUCACGCAGAGCAGAAAAGGCACUUCGGAGAAAUGGAGAGGCUUAAAGAGACGAAAUAGCUGAAAUGCGGCGGCUUAAAAAUGAAGAAAUAGCUGAAAUGCGGCGGCACAAUGACAUCAUGGAGCACUUGCUGAAGAUGAAAAUGUAAAGUUAUUUAUUAUUUUUAUACAAUUUUAUUGUUUUUUGAACGCUUAUAUGUACCUAUAUAUGUAUAACUUCUUUUAAUUAUUAUUAAUUUCUCUCAUAAGUGCCUUUUCUACUCUUCAAGAUGUUCUGCUAAAAUCGUUACUGCUACAGUAACUGUUUCUUAUAAGGCUUGCUGAAUCUUUAGUUCAGCUUGCAGAACGUCGGAGGAUGCUUUCGGCUUCUUUCCAGUACGUCUCCUUUCUGGAACUACAUUUACUGGUGGUGAUGGAGGCGAAAGCUCGCCGACUGUAACAAGUGGACUUAUCUGAGACUCAUGUACCUCUAUUUCUUACUUUAAAAUUUACGUUAGAUGGACAGUGGCGCUCACCUUAAUAGCACACUUUUAUGUUUCACAAUUUUCCCAAUGUUUUACGUGAUAUAUACUAUAUGGUUUAUG